CGGUCAACACACUAGCAGAAGUAGCGGUAGCGCCAGCAGACGACACCUGUACGACGACACCUGAUUUGCAGCACUUUGCAGAAAUUCGAAAAGAUUCAUCCGUUCUUUUAAUUUCGAAAGCAGGGAGGAACAAAAGGCGAUAGAACUGGUCUGCCCAGCUCAACAGUGAGGCUCGUUUACGUCCUGACCAACCCCAGGCGCAAUCUCCCGACACAAAAGAGCCAUGACUUCUGAAGGAAAACAUGACACCAUUCUCAUGGUGGGAUUUAUUUGCUAUGAUCUUCUCUUCUCCUCACCACACUAUCCUGAGGAGGACACCCUGGUAAGAGCUAUAGACUACCACAAGCGCCGUGGAGGGAAUGCAUCAAACUCCUGUACCGUUUUGUCACAACUUGGGGCAAAGUGUGAGGUUUUAGGAACCUUCGCAUCUGAUGACUAUGCCAAAUUCUUACAAGAGGACUUGAAAAAAGAUGGCAUAAUUUUUUCUCACUGCGCAAUACACUCAAAAUUUGAAACCCCAUUCACAAAUAUUAUUUUGAGCCGGUCCUCUGGAACAAGAACUAUUUUGCACUACAGAAGCAAGGACUACAUCGAAAACACUGCAGAAGAUUUUGCCAAAUUAGACCUCUCUGACUACAAAUGGAUCCACUUUGAGGGCCGCACUAUUCCAGAAACUUUAAAAAUGAUUGACUUGCUGGAAGCAUGGAACAGGAACAGCAAGAACCCAAUUAAAUAUUCUGUUGAGCUUGAAAAAUGCAUUGAGUCAACAAAAUGUCUUUUAACCAAGGGGUCAGUUGUUUUUGUGGCUAAGGAGUUUGCAAAAUAUUUGGGGUAUGACAAUCCGCAUUCUGCACUUAUUGGAUUAGCUUCACAAGUAAAUCCAGGGGCUGUAAUAAUUGUCCCUUGGGGAGAGCAAGGCUCCAUGGCAAGGUGUAGUGAUGGAACAAUAGUAAAGGCUAAAGCCUACCCCCCAGAAGUUGUUCUUGAUUCGACUGGUGCUGGAGAUACUUAUAUAGCUGCAACAGUUUUCUCCCUCAGCAAUGGCAAGUCAGUAUCUGAGGCUAUAGAUUUUGGGAAUGAAAUUGCUGGAGCAAAGUGUGGAAUGAUGGGGUAUAGAGGACUUAAUGCAGUAUAUGAAAAAAUAAGAAAUAGAAAGUAAUUUAUUUAUGUGCCAAAAACAGUCUGAGUUAAGGCUGUGGUUAAGGUGUAUGAGAUGUCACACAGCUCAUGAGCGUUGUAAUUGAUAUUCUAGUAUAGUUUGCAUGAAAACAAAGUAACAAUCAUGUCUGAUACUUAAUGUAUUGCUGGCAGCUCAACAGCAUUAAUACUUUGAUAUCAACAAGCAUCACAUUAAAGUACAUUUUUGUCAUCGAA